UGUGAUCUGUCACUGCACUGAAGUGGUUUGAUAUGCAAAAAGUCUCUCUAAAACCUGAAUAAUCGUCAUCAUCUCUUUAAGAAUCAUAGUAGAAAUAAAAAAAGGAGGUAAAAUCCAAGUAUUUAUAAUGUCGUCAAGAACCACCACAAGUGCGGCAUCAGUAGAAGAGGUCACGGUGACAGGUGAACCAAAGCUAAGAGGUAAGCUACGAUUCCGUGCAGUUGUGAGGAAAGUGUUUGCCAACCUCUAUUGGCUGACUGAAACUGAAGAAGAGGAAAUAGAUGAAACUGACCAACAGAAAAUCUUGGCUCUGAAGCGGAAAAGGGGCAAAAAGGGCACACUUUCCCUGCAGGAUGUGCAGAAGAAACUAGCAGAAGUUACUUAUCUCCAUUGCUAUGGGCCAGGCAGAGUUGUUGUCAAACAGGAAGGUCUUCCAACGGGCAUUUAUUUUAUGUUGUCGGGUAAAGCUGGUAUAACACAAUCAGCUAUAGACCCGGUGUCAAAUGAACCUGUCAUCAUUCCAGCGGGUGAUUUGGAGCCAGGAGAUGUAUUUGGAGAAAUUUCUUUAAUACAUGAUAUUCCUAGAACGGCUACUGUAACAACGUACAGAACAUGCGAACUGCUUCAUAUUGAGAAAAAAGAUUUUGAUAAGGUGAUAGAGGAAACAAUAAAGCCAGACUGGGAUAUGUGCAAAUAUGCUAUGGCAAGAUUUCCAUAUUUUGAUGAAUGGAGUUCAGUUGCUCUUCACGAGUGCUGUAUGCUUUCAAGAAUUAAAACAUAUGAGCCAAAUGAAACAAUAUUAGCCUGUGGGGCACGAACCAAUUAUGUGUUCUUCGUAUUAAAAGGAUUGUGCCAGAUAAUUCAACAUUUAAAUAUAAUUGUAAAAGAAACAAAGAAAGAUCAUCAAAGGUGUAGAUUACAGACAUUUGGGACAGGAAUUCAACCUGGCGAAAUUGGACAAACACACUUUAUGCAAAUAUGUAUUCUUAGUGAGCUUGCUACUUUUGGUCUUGGUGAAAAUCUGACAGAUCGUAGGAUUAUUGCUUUAACACCUGUUGAGUGUCUUCUUUGCCCCAGAUACUGGAUUAUGCAGAAUAACAAAGCAAAUUUGUGGGUACGUAUAAAACGUUUCGUGGACCGGCGAUUGCCAUCCACACAGCAGGUUUUUCACAGCUUUGUUGAAAAUAGAAGAUGGAGACAUUACAGCAGAGAUUUAGUCAUCGACAGCCUUCGUAAUCGUUAUAUACCAAAUGAUACGAGUAUAUCUGAUGUUCCAUACUCCAUUAGAAUUAGUGAAUACUAUGUUGAUCGCUAA